GAUCAACGACCAAACGAGCUCCGAUCGGGAUGAAAUUUUAGUAUGUUGUUCCUGAGAUCCUCUUCUUCAUAUCCAACGGUGGGAUUGUUGUUUUGACCUCUCGAUGUCAGUAAAAUCGCCUCUGUUUACUGCUGCGUUUUUAUUGGGGUUUUCUCACUUUUGAGUGAAGAUUAUUGUUGUUUGGUGUUUCAAGUUAUUACUUGAUGAUUGUGUGUACCUCUAAUUGAUUUAGAGAGGAUUCUUGGUGUACCCACUGAUUUUCUUGGUGAUUCGUGGAAGGCUUCGUGGUUUUCUCCCCGAUUUGGGGUUUCCACGUUAAAUCUUGGUGUUCGUUUAUCGCUUGAUUGAUUGCUUGUUGUUGUGUUUGCUAUUCUUGAUUGGUCAUAUGAUUUUACCCAUUUUCACAACACAAAGACGGGAAAAUUAUUAAUUGCUUCCGCUAGAAAAUUGAGGUGAUUUUCCCAACAAUUGGUAUCGGAGCUUGAGUCAUAAUUUGUGGGUGAUUUUCUUGUGUUGUUAAAAUGGAGGAUAAAGCUGUUUUUGGGGGAAUGAUUAAAUUAAACUCCUCCAAUUAUCAAAGUUGGAAACCCAGGAUGGAAGAUAUUUUAUAUAUUAAGGAUUUGCAUGAACCGAUCCUGAAUAAAGAGAUGCCAAGCGAUAAACAAGAAGGUACUUGGAAAUUGCUUAAUCGGAAAACUGUGGGAAUGAUUAGGCAAUUUAUUGAUGAUAGUGUGUUUCAGCAUGUUGCUAAUGAUACCAACGCCUAUGAACUGUGGGAGAAACUCAAAUGCAUGUACGAGAGAGAAAAUGCCCUGAAUAAAGCCUCUAUUAUGAGAAGACUUGUGAAACUUGAUUACAGGGAUGGGCAUAGUGUGGUAGAGCAUUUGAAUGAUUUUCAGGGAUUGAUUAACCAGUUGUCUUCAAUGAAAUUGGUUUUAGAUGAUGAAUUGCAGGCGUUGUUGCUCCUCAGCUCGUUGCUCAUUUGAUAAAAUAAUAAUCACUUUACCCAUUUGAUAAAAUAAUAAUCACUUUACUUAUUUGAUCUUCAUGAUCGCCUCUUUUUGUUGCCCAUUUGAUAAAAUAGUAAUCACUUUACUUAUUUUUUUGUAUAUCUAUUGAUAUAGUUUUUAAAUAUGUAAAUUUUACAUUUUAAUUCCACACCAAUUUUCAUAUAAAAUGAUUUGAAAAUAACUUCAGACAAACAUCAUAACGCGCAAUGAGAAAUAUAAUUUUGGGAUGGAU